AUGGCUUGUCAGACUCCUAACCUGAUCGCCUUGGGAGCCCAGCUGCCAGGUUUCGCCAACAAGAGACGCAAACUGGCGCCUCAGACUCCCACCACGAUCGCCUUUGGGACGCCCGGGCCCCAAGACUGCUGCCCGUUUCUUUCGCUCCCUGGAGAACUCCGCAACCGCAUCUAUGAGUACGCUUUCCGUGUAGACCACAUCCAAGGCACGCAGUACGAUGGCUCCGUGGUGCGCAAGACCAACAACGAGUACAACACCAUGGCGAGCAAAUAUACCAUGACUUUCGAGACUCGCGACCCCAACAACUGGCGCAGCGUGCCCCAACAGCUCUCUGUGCUCCUCUCCCUCCCACAGACCUGCCGCCAGAUCUAUGCCGAGACCAAUGGCAUGCCAUUUUCCGAGAACUUCUUCGACGUCGGGCUGCACGCCAUCCAGCACUUUCUUGCCGUCGUACCACGACCCAUCCUCGACGGCAUCACCGUCAUCAGCCUUUGGAAGAGCCCUGGCCGCAUGAUGGAUCAGGCGGACAAUCUGUUCCUUGCGUCACAUGACGAUGAGAAUGCUCCCGGCAUCUGGAAGUGGAGGUGGAGUUGGUAUGAAAAUGUAGCGGCGAAUGCUUGGGGAUGAG